UGUUCUCGGCAUCGACUUCCUCGCCGGGAUGAUAUUUGCGAUGGUAGAAAAUCCCGAGGUCAUUUGUGCGGUCCAAGCGAGCUGCAUGCGAGUAGCUCAACCGUAGGCCUUAUCUCCCAUUUCAUCAGCAGCCUAUUCGCCUUAAGCAAAUUGAUAUCGCAUGAGGGUAGAAUAGAUGCUAGAGCACGUAUCGGGCUACAGUCGCAGCUUGCCCUGUCCCGGACUGCUGGCUGUCCCUACACAUACUCUCACGGCUUCACUCUACGCAGGCUAGGCAAGCAUUCUUCUUGCCUCCAGCUCAGAAUGCUCCUUCCCUAUGUAUCGGAGUACGACGAAACCUCGGCGGAUUGCCAUGCUAUUCCACGCAGCCGCAUCCUUGACCGGCUGCCUCUGAGUUCAAAAUGUACUUUCUACGCUUUUCAACCGCCACUUUGCCCCAGCCUCAGUGCUAUGGAUCAUCCAGGCAUGUGUUCGGGAUUUACCGUAGUGUAUUCCUUUUUGUUGCCGUGUUGCAACCUUACGUUUCUCUUCAUCGCGACUUCCCGGGAAUGAGUUGGCACGCUCGCUUAGCCAUGGCUUUAUCACCUCAUUCGCGACCAGCAACGAAUCCCGCAGAGGCGGCUGGUUCUCCUGAUCUUCGUUGUCUCGAAGUCCUUGUAGCGAUCACUCCAUCAGACCACGGCUACACGAACACACCGGAGCCUCAAUCACGCCCUAGCUGGCCCUCCAUCAGCGCCUAUGGGAGCACUUACGAAUCGUUCGCAACAGGGUUUGUACGACUGACUAUAACGCAUCCUGUUUACGCUGUGCGGAGCGCGGGGCCCCGCCAUCUAUUCGCUCCACCAAAACAAUGUCGCACGACUUGGCUGCCUCAUGUCCUUCAUUGCGUGUCUAAGCAUCGCGAGCACCGGCUCACGCUAUAUUCACAUUCUUAGCUAGCUUCAGCCUUCCUCAGAUAUCACUCCAUGUUCGGCUACAGGGAGCUAUGGAUGCGUUCGAGGACCUGCACCGGUCAGUUGCUAUUCAUCUUGCUUGCUCACUCCACCG